UUGAGUUUGUCGAUAAGUCGAUCACACGGCAUGUAAAUAAAAACAGAGCAAAAUAUUAAACAAAUUUACACUUGCAGCUCUGAAAAGCAUGAACUAUUCCUCCGGCUGCCAGCUCCGUCUUCAAUGAACCUCUAGGGCCAGGCCCGCACAAAACGAUAUCAAAAUGGAUCCUGUGGUGUUCUUCGUAGUGGUGACGUCCCUCUACGGCGACCUUUAUUUUUUCGGUCGCUUUUUCAAAAGCUGCAUGCACUACCCAUACGAUGCCUUUCUGAAGAACACCGGACUGUCUGUGAACUUUAUGAGCCUGCACUGGCACACGAACGCUUUCAUUAUCCUGCUCAUCAUCACGAUAUUCAGUGGCGGCGUGGCAGACACCUCAGCCCCGUAUGCCUCGGCAAUGCCAGUACAGCUGGAGAUUCUGCUGCCUGGCGUCAACCUGCCGCUGGAGGAGAUCGGCUACUACUUUACGACUCUUGUGCUUUGCCUGGUGGUCCACGAAAUGGGUCACGCCAUGGCGGCUGUGCUGGAAGAUGUCCCUGUGACUGGUUUCGGAAUUAAGUUCUUUUUCUGCCUGCCGAUGGCCUACACAGAGCUCUCGAACGACCACCUUAACAGCCUGCGCUGGUUCAAGAAGUUGCGGGCCUUGUGCGCGGGCAUUUGGCACAACUUUCUGUUUGCCGGCAUCUGCUACCUGCUCAUCUCGACGAUAGGCAUCACCAUGUCCCCCUUCUUCGUGUACAACGAACAUGUGAUAGUCACGGAGCUGACUCGGAAGUCUGCGCUGCGAGGAGAGCGCGGACUGAAAGUGGACAAUCUCAUCACCCAGGUGAACGGAUGUCCAAUAAGCAGCGUGGAAAGCUGGCACUCCUGUUUGUACAGUUCCAUGAAGAAGAGGGCAGGCUAUUGCGUUAGCGCGGACUUUAUCCAGCUAAACGACGAAAGCAGCAUUUCACACCACAGCGUCGAUGGACAAUUGCAAUGCUGCGACGAGCUGAAUCCCAACGUCAGCUGCUUCGAGGUGGUGGAGGAUGCGAACGGCGAUGUACCUGUGGAGCUGCCACAGCAUGUUUGCCUCAACGUGCGUCGCACACUGGAGGAAGUCGCCGUGCACUGCACAUCGGGCCUUUGCUCGGAGGGAUUCUGUCUGCGUCCGUUGAUGCGGAACAUAACAGCCAUAAUGACGGUCAUGCGUCUGAAUUUAAAUGGUGAAAAGCUGCCGCCGGUCAUCUAUGUGGGUCAUCCGUGGGAUGUGUCUCGCACCGUUGAGGUUUCAGCCUUCGUGCCGCGCUACAGGUUCCUGAGUGCCGCCUGGCCGGACGCCUGGUUCCUGCUGCUUAAGUACAACGUGGUCUUCAGCAUUGGCCUGGCCUUAGUCAACGCCAUUCCGUGCUUUGGCUUCGAUGGGGCUCACAUCACCAGCACCGUGAUACACAGCUUUCUGGUGGGAAAAGUGGACCAGUAUGCCAAGAGGGAUCUCAUAUCGGUGAUAAUCACUAGCGUGGGCUCCUUGCUUUGUGGCCUGGCCCUGCUCAAGGUCGCCUGGCUCAGCUUUCUCAGGCCCCUUAUGUAGAAACUGGAAACUGGAGUUCAACUCCACUUCAAGACGCUAGAAUACUAUUUUCACUUUCAUACACAGCGAAUUGUAGCACCUCAAAGAUAUCUAAAAACGUUGUUCAACACUGGUAUGGCGCGUACCUAAAAUUGUUUGCGGAAGGAAAAAAUUAACAUAUUUCAAGACGUU